CCGGAGGCGGGAGGCGGGAGGCGGGGGAGGCGGGAGGCCGGAGGCGGCUGGCGCGGAGUAGCCGGGUGCGGGGCCGCCAUGGCGGUGCGACAGGCGCUGGGCCGCGGCCUGCAGCUGGGCCGAGCGCUGCUGCUGCGCUUCACGGCCAAGCCUGGCCCGGCCUGCGGCUGGGGGCGGCCCGAGCGGCCGGGCCCCGCGGCGGGCUGGGGCCGCGGAGAACGCCCGGGCCAGGCCGCGGGACCCGGCGCGGAGCGGCGCAGGCUGGGGCUCGGGCUCCCCGACCGCUACCGCUUCUUCCGCCAGUCGGUGGCCGGGCUGGCGGCGCGACUCCAGCGGCAGUUCGCGGUGCGGGCCCGGGGUGGCGCGGGCCCUUGCGGCCGGGCCGUCUUUCUGGCCUUCGGGUUGGGCCUGGGCCUCAUCGAGGAGAAGCAGGCGGAGGGCCGGCGGGCGGCGGCGGCUUGUCGGGAGAUCCAGGCAAUUUUCACCCAGAAAAACAAGCUGCUUCCUGACCCUUUGGACACUAGACGCUGGCAGGGCUUCCGGCUGGAGGAGUAUCUGAUAGGGCAGUCCAUUGGCAAGGGUUGCAGUGCUGCUGUGUAUGAAGCCACCAUGCCUGUGUUGCCCCAGAACCGGGAGGUGGUGAAGAGCAUCAGACCUCUUCCAGGCCGAGGCCCAGAUGUCGAUGCACGAGAAGAGGAGCCAGCUUCACAGGCCCCUACCUUUCCCUUAGCCAUCAAGAUGAUGUGGAAUAUCUCGGCGGGCUCCUCCAGUGAAGCCAUCUUUAGCACAAUGAGCCAGGAACUCGUCCCAGCUAGUCGAGUGGCCUUGGCUGGGGAGUACGGAGCGGUCACUUACAGAAAAUCCAAGGGUGGUCCCAAGCAGCUGGCCCCUCACCCCAACAUCAUCCGGGUCUUUCGUGCCUUCACCUCUUCUGUACCACUGCUGCCAGGAGCCCUGGUUGACUACCCUGAUGUGCUGCCCCCACGUCUUCACCCCGAAGGCCUGGGCCACGGGCGGACGCUCUUCCUCGUUAUGAAGAACUACCCCUGUACGCUGCGCCAGUACCUCUGCGAGAACACCCCAAGUCCCCGCCUCGCCACCGUGAUGAUCUUACAGCUGCUGGAGGCAGUGGAUCAUCUGGUUCAACAGGGCGUCGCGCACAGAGACUUAAAAUCUGACAACAUUCUCGUGGAGUUGGAUGCAGAUGGCUGCCCCUGGCUGGUGAUCGCAGACUUUGGCUGCUGCCUGGCUGACGAGCGCACCGGCCUGCAGCUGCCUUUCACCAGCUGGUAUGUGGAUCGGGGCGGAAACGGCUGCCUGAUGGCUCCAGAGGUGUCUACUGCCUGCCCAGGCCCCAGGGCAGUGAUCGACUACAGUAAGGCUGAUGCCUGGGCCGUGGGUACGCUUGCCUAUGAAAUCUUCGGGCUCCCCAAUCCCUUUUAUGGCCAGGGCAGGGCCCACCUUGAAAGCCGCAGUUACCAGGAGGCUCAGCUGCCCGCGAUGCCCGAGUCAGUCCCUCUGGAUGCAAGACAGCUGGUGAGGUCACUGCUCCAGCGAGAGGCCAGCAAGAGACCAUCUGCCCGAGUAGCUGCUAAUGUGCUUCAUUUAAGCCUCUGGGGUGAACAUACUCUCGCCCUGAAGAAUCUAAAACUAGACAAGAUGAUUGGCUGGCUCCUCCAGCAGUCAGCUGCCACUCUGCUGGCUGACCGGCUCACGGAGAAGAGCUGCGUGGAAACCAAGAUGAAGAUGUUAUUUCUAGCCAACCUGGAGUACGAAGCGCUGUGCCAGGCAGCCCUGCUCCUCUACUCCUGGAGAGCAGCCCCGUGAGGGCUCCGCUGUAGCUGGUGCAUUUUACUAAAAGAACUUAGCAACAUCUGUGUGGUGCUGGUCUGUGAGUGCUGCAGGCGGGGCGGGGCUCCCAGGCGCCAGGGUGGGCGGCAGGGGAACACUGCAGGAGGCCUCUGGUUUGGCAAAUGGAAGGGACGGCUGGCAGCCAGGUUCACAGUCUGUAGCUAACUCCCCUUAGCUGUGCGACUUUAGGUCCAUCGUCUAACUGCGUGAGGUUCUCUCACCUGUGAUGUGAGAAGCUGGACUAGGGCAGAGCUAGAGCUGCUGGCAGAGAGGGCCCGACGGUAAAUACUCCAGUCCGGCUAAUCCACUGUGGUAGCACAGAAGCAGUCGGAAAUUCGUAAAUAUAUCGAAAUUUCAAUUUCAUGUGUCAGUAAAUAUUAAUUUUUUUCAGUUAUUUAAAAACAUGAAAACCCCUCUUAGCUUGCAGGCCAUACAAAAAACAGGCAGUGGGCCAGACUGCCCCUAAGACAUAGUUUGCUAACAAAAUGUGCUGAGAUCGGAGUACAGAUCCACAGGAGUGAGUUCUCUGCAGGUGAGAAGAGGGUCAGGGGUUAAGGGCAGGCCCCAAAGCCCCCCCUUCUCACAGACCUCUGCAAAGUCCAUAGCCAAGCGGGUCUGUUAGAGGGGGGGCUCCAGGCAAGGCAGGGGCUGGCAGGGCGGGACUCUGGAAACGGAAUUCCGGCUUGUUUGAAAGUGGCAGCCAGGGCCUCGGUCUGCAUGUUUUCUGAGCUAAGCAGACAUUUGCCCAGGUCAGUAUAUUCAGGUAUCAGAAAGAAGAGACAGCCAGCGAGGCCUGGAAAGCUCUAGAAUGUCUCUGAGGAAGCACUCCCAGAGCUCCUCCAGCUACUGAAUCGGGUUGAGCAGAGCUAGAGCAAUGAUGAAAUGAUGAAGUGGAAAUUAACAGUGUGUUUUACUUGCUGAUUUGCCUUGAUUAGCAUUUCUUACAGGAAUUGUGAAGAAUUAAAUACACAUUUGCAACUGCAGAACACGUAUUUGCUUUGAAUUGAA